AUGAGAAAUCAUACGUCACUUACCAAAUUCAUCCUCUUGGGACUGACAGAAGACCCCCAACUGCAAAUUCUGAUUUUUAUAUUUCUACUUAUCACCUACAUGUUAAGUGUAACUGGAAACCUGACCAUCAUUAUCCUCACCUUAGUGGAUUCCCACCUUAAAACUGCCAUGUACUUUUUUCUCCAAAAUUUCUCCUUCCUAGAACUCUCAUUCACCUCUGCCUGUAUUCCUAGAUUCUUGUACAGUAUAUCAACAGGUGACAGAGCCAUUACCUAUAAUGCUUGUGCAUGCCAAUUAUUUUUUACAUACCUCUUUGGAAUAACAGACUUUUUUCUCCUGGCCACCAUGUCCUAUGAUCGAUAUAUAGCCAUCUGCAAACCUCUACAUUAUAUGACCAUCAUGAACCCCAGGGUCUGCAAAAGGCUCAUCUUUUGCUGUUGGAUGACCACUUUGCUGAUCAUGCUUCCACCACUCAGCUUGGGACUAAAUCUGGAAUUCUGUGACUCUAAUGUCAUUGACCACUUCGUUUGUGAUGCUAACCCUCUCCUGAAGAUCUCAUGCUCAGACACAUGGUUCGUAGAGCAGAUAAUUAUUGUCUGCUGUGUGUUGACCUUUAUCAUGACUCUUGUGUGUGUGGUUUUGUCCUAUGUAUAUAUCAUCAGAACCAUUCUAAGAUUCCCCACUGCCCAGCAAAGGAAAAAGGCCUUUUCUACAUGUUCUUCCCAUAUUAUUGUGGUUUCUAUCACCUAUGGCAGCUGUAUCUUUAUAUAUGUCAAACCCUCAGCAAAAGAUGAAAUGGCCAUCAAUAAGGGAGUAUCAAUACUCACUACUUCCAUUUCCCCCAUGUUAAACCCAUUUAUUUACACUCUUAGGAACAAGCAAGUGAAACAAGCCUUUAAUGAUUUAGUCAAAAGAUUUAUAUUGCUCUCAAAGAACUAG